AUGCAGCAGUCACACGGCUCGUCAUGGGGCUUUAAGACAUUACUGCCGCUUCUCCCCGUCUCUCUUGAUGCACAAGAGGAUCUCUCUCUACAAGGAGAGGUGUCCGGAUGGGGCUUUAACACGGGACUUCGAAAUGUACACCGUGGCUUCUCCCCAUUUCUCCAGUCGAGCAAGAGGAUUUCUACUGGGAGAAGUGUCCUUGAAGGUCGGGGUAUAAUUCUAAUCAGCCAAGUCGGAGACGAUCUUGCUGGAUUUGGAAUUCUUUUCGGAGUUGGAACUUUAAUCAGCCAAGUCGAAGACGAUCUUGCUGGAUUUGGAGUAUCCAAUCGGAAGGCAUGGUCGAAGGUGGUGGAUUGUGUCGAGUUGGAGAAGUGA